UUUUGGGGUUUGAGUAUGGAUAGCUACCAUCAUCUUGACAACGCUAAAACUCAUUUGCCUCCUGGUUUUCGUUUCCAUCCGACGGACGAGGAGCUUAUUACUUAUUAUUUGUUGAAGAAAGUUGUUGAUAGUAGCUUCACUGGUAGAGCUAUAGCUGAAGUUGACCUUAACAAAUGUGAGCCUUGGGAGCUUCCUGAGAAGGCGAAGAUGGGGGAGAAAGAGUGGUAUUUCUUUAGCUUAAGAGAUAGAAAGUACCCAACCGGGUUGAGAACGAACCGAGCAACUGAGGCUGGUUAUUGGAAGGCGACUGGGAAAGAUAGGGAGAUUUAUAGCUCGAAGACGUGUGCACUUGUUGGAAUGAAGAAAACUCUUGUUUUUUAUAGGGGAAGAGCUCCUAAGGGUGAAAAGAGCAACUGGGUUAUGCAUGAAUAUCGCCUUGAAGGCAAAUUUGCAUACCAUUAUCACUCCAGAAGCUCAAAGGAUGACUGGGUUAUAUCGAGGGUUUUUCAGAAGAGUGGUGCUGGCAAUGGUGCAGGCAGCAGCAAUGGCAGUGGAGCGAGGUGCCGCAUGAGAGCCUCCAUUGCGCUCUGUCAAGAACCAAGUUCUCCAUCCUCAGUUUCCCUUCCACCACUAUUUGAUCCCACCACCGCCGUUUCCCUUACCGACCGUGACAGCUGCUCCUUUGACAGCCAUACUCAAUCUGAGCACGUGUCCUGUUUCUCCACCAUUGCUGCUGCAGCCGGCACUGACACUUCCACAACCACCCCUCUCUACCACCCCAUUUUUGACCUCGCGUUGCCGCCUCCGCCGCAGAUGAUCAACAACUGUUUCAAUUCAUUCCCAAGGUAUUCACGUGAUGCCGGUGUUUCAGUAUUUCCAAGCUUGAGGUCUCUUCAUGAGAAUUUGCAGUUCUCUUUCUUAUUCUCUCAGCCAACAAUGGCCGCACUUCCACUUCAAGGCGGUUCCCCAUUAACCUUUGGCGCUGUAUCCGAGGAGGGCAACAAUGCUUCCGGUGCUGGUGCCAAGAUAUCCUCUGGUUCAUCUGGGUUCGAUUGCAUGUGGACUUGCUAA